GAACAGUGUAUGAGUGAGUUUGAGUGAUGAGAGCUGACCUCAAGAUCUCUUUGAUUUCGUCAGCGGCAAACGCUUUCAAGUCAUGGGAAAGGCUUGAUGUAGGUGGCAUUAUAUCCCACUCUUUUGAAUUGGAAGCCAAGACGAAAGGACUGUUUAGUGGUGCAACAGCUGUUAUUACAUUUCGCUUUCCCUCAAAGGCUGCUCUACAGAGGAUUCAGCUAGGGAAAGCACGCUGCCUGUUUGAUCAGAAUGUGGAAGGACCAGUCACAUAUACAAUUGUUAUACUUUCGAUGAGAAUACUCCACUUGUUGACGAUCCAGAGUACAUGUCUGCAUUGGGUGAAACAAUAUUCAAGGGACUGCAAAGUGGAGAUAAGGAUGGGGUCUGGCUAAUGCAGAUAUUAGGACACGAUACUUGCACCAUUUUCAUUUUAGUGCAAGAAGCGGAAGAGUCUGCAAUGAACCAACAAAAUUGUAGACCAAGGGGGGCCCACUGACGUGGCCGUUUCACAUCCUCAGGAAUUGCUUAAUUAUGGUUGACCGUGAAUUGAACGUUAACUGUAAAAGUGUUGGCGUCAUGGUGAAACAAGCUGGGCGUAAUGGUAUUUCGCAGCAAAAUAUCUCCAUACCCAGCUGGUCAUUUGCCUCUCAUGUCUCACAAAUAUGUGGUACUGCCCUUAUUGAAUCUGUCUUUCCCCUUACAGCUGAUUAGAAGCAGAGAGAGCAAAGCUAUCCCGUAAUCAGACAACCAUCAUUGUGGGUCAAUACCGCCGACUCCUUCAAUCUCAUCCUUGUUAUGCAGAUGAAUCUUGAUUUGUGUUAUUGAGUUUGAUUUUGUCACGUAAGAACGCCCCUUCCUCAAUGAUAAAUCGUUUGCGGUUUGG